CGGUGUUGUAGCGUUGAUGGUUUUAUUUUGUGCUCUUCGUGAAAUACGGUUUCAAUAAAAACUUAUCAUAAAUAUCGAACUUUUCACAUAACAUUAUCUUAUCACGCGUCCUCGAAGAUUAAUCGAUGAUGCAUAAUACUAGCUGCGCCCAAAUUCCGACAGUGUUGUGAUGUGCUACUUUGCGAAUAUUCUAUAAGUUGUUUUGGUUGUUAGUCACGCGUGAUUUUUAGUGAAAGAAAAUGCCUGGGCAAGGAGAAACUACCGUUUCGGUGCCGCUGACGCCGACGAGAUCCGAUUUGUACUGGCGGAGAAUAUUUAACAAAUACGACCGAGAUGCGGACGGCAAGAUAUCCUACGCGGAACUCAAAGAGAUCAUCGAAUCCCGAGAAUACGAGCACGAUCUACCCGACAACGUAGUGGAAAAGAUCAUGGUGCUGGCCGACAAAGACAAUUCUGGGCACCUGGACUUCAACGAGUUUGUGGAGAUGAUGCACAAUCCGGACUUCAAGGCGGUCUUUGGGCAUUUUGUGGCACGAUAUGUGCAUUCGAUUGUGCCGCAUCGGGGGCCUGUGGAUACGACUGGACGGUGGCCUGGGCUCCAGUAUCACUCGACACGUGAUGGCGGGAUGGGGCCAGGAUUCCUGUACGUGCCGAAAUCUCGUCGUGACGGCACCUACGAAGAGGAGUACUCCUGCUGGCCACCAGCCAUCUGCAUGAUCCUCAUCUCUCUGGUGGAGAUCGUCAUGUUCUGCUACGACGCCGCACAUGGGAGCACGACGGCUGUGGGACCGCUCGCGAAGAUAUUCAUAUACAAUCCGAAUAGGAGACAUGAGGCGUGGCGGUUCAUCACGUACAUGUUUGUACAUGUCGGCGUCGUUCAUCUCCUAGUCAACCUACUAGUACAGCUGUUCCUCGGCGUUCCACUCGAAAUGGUCCAUCGCUGGUGGAGAGUAUCCCUAGUAUACUUGGCAGGCGUAGCGGCCGGCUCUUUAGCAACAAGUCUGACGGACCCUCGCGUACAUUUAGCUGGUGCAUCAGGGGGAGUUUACGCACUUAUAGCAGCGCAUAUAGCUACUAUUAUAAUGAACUGGGCAGAGAUGGAGUUCGCGAUAAUACAGCUUCUAGUGUUCCUACUAUUGGCAGCAGUAGACAUCGGCACAGCGGUAUACGACCGUUACUGGGGCGUAGGUGUCACUAAUAUCGGCUACGUGGCGCAUCUAGCGGGCGCGAUCGCGGGUCUCCUAGUCGGCAUCGGCGUUCUCCGUAACCUGGAGAAGCGUAAAUGGGAGAAGCGGCUCUGGCUGGCAGCCGUCAUCACCUACUGCUCCCUGAUGCUGGCUGGCAUCCUCGCCAACAUCUUUUGGGUCAACCAUUUCCCUGCUACCCAGCUAUAGAACCUAUAGGCUUUAAGCGUAAGGUCUUUGCCAGGGGUCUCUAUUGUUUCCCAUAAAGUUUUAAGUCAUAAUGUAUUGUUUGUCCACAUUUUCGUUAGUCAUAAUUUGGUUUUUCUAAGAAGCGUAACUUUUCAGGAUUGCCAUAAAACAAACCUAACUUAACCUGUCUAUAGGAUAACCCUACGAAAAUCCUGAAAAGUUAACGGUUUCAGAAUUAUGACUAAUGAAAAUCUGACAAUCAUUACAUUAUGACUUUCAAUAAUUAUGUCAAACAAAGGGACCCCCUUCGCCAUAUGUCCUUUAUAUUGGCCAAAGAUACAUUGAUUGAAGAUGUGUAAAAUCUAAGACAAUGGGGUUGGCAACUGUCAAAGGUUUGCAUAGAUGGCGCCAUCAUAGCUUGCCCCAUUUUCUAUGAGAUUUGGCUUAAAGGGCUGGCGUCCAGGACGUAAAAUUCCAUUAAAAAAAACAAUAAUUGGACUAAUUUCUAGGGAUUGACAGGGCUAUGCUGGCGCCAUCUGCUAAAUAGUUCGACCGGCCAACCCCAUUUUGUGCUUCGAAUUUGACAGGUAAACGAGAUGGCGCUGUACAGCACCAUACAUUUUGCGGUAGGGUUAGACCAAGAAAAGUCUGUAGCGAUUUUGAUAGCCCACGCAGUGCAAGUGUUAUUUAUACGUCAUAUUUUCAUAGAAGUUUGACGUUUAAAAUAACACUUGAACAGCAUGGGCUAUCAAAAUGUCUGCAGACUUUUCUUGGUCUAACUCUUGAUUGUCAAAAGUUGUUUGACAAUUCAGUGACUACAUAACAGAUGGCGCUGUACUGCGCCAUCUGUUUUGGAUGUCAAACUAAGGGACACGUUUUCUUAGACUUUACCUCUAUAUGUUGGCUAAUAUCCAAAUUAUAUUAUGAAGUAAUAUCGACUAAAAAGACUAGUAAGCCCAGCCUAGGAUUCCGUGGAAAUGGUUGUGGACCAACGGUGUUUUGAAUAUUAUGUUGCUUCAUAAAGACAAGUUUUUUUUUCUGUCAGUUCAGUGCGAAACUACAGUUUUUAAGUGAUUUUAGUUAUAUUAAUUUAUAAUUAUGUGAACUCUAAGCAGCAUGACCGGAAAAUACAGAUGUAGUGCAUUGUUUGCCAUCGUAUUUCCACGGAAACGUUCGUAUUUGUCAUGCUACUUCAGUCAACCUCAGUACUUAUUGUACUGAGACUGACCGAAAUAGCAUAACACGUUCGUACGUUUCCGUGAAAAUACGAUGGCAAACAAUGCACUACAUAUGUACCUACUUUAAGUCUAUCCUAAUUUCUAAUCUAGCAAAGUUUUUUUAAAGCUAUUUUAAGUUUUAUCGCUGUUUUGUUGUUACAAAAAAAAAACAUUAUCUUUUUCGUUUAAACCGAACAGAAUCAGAGAGUUAAAAAAGGGAUGCCUACUUUAAUGUUGCCUUCAAAAUUAUCUUUAGAUAAUGAAAAUAUUAAGCUUUACGUGUUCGUGAUUGCCUUAUGGGAAUGAUUAGUAAUUAACUGUCAUUCGAAAACUUUUAAAUGUAUAUUUUGGUUUAAGAUUACCUUAUUAGUAUUUAAUAGGAAUUAGAGAAUCGCGAAAUGUCGUUGAUUAUUUAUAGGCAUUUCAAAUGGUUUAAUUUUAAGUAUCUUUUUAUAUUAGGAUGUCAAUUCGACAUUAUUGUGGAUGAAAGAUAAUUUCUGAUUGACCUUCCAUAUUGUAUAUUUAAAAAGCUUUAAUAGUUUGCUAGAACUGAAGUAAUCGUUAUAAUAUUGAGACAUGAAAAUAAUUCAUACGACAAUGAGUGCCUUAUCACAGAAUAAAUAAUAGUACUAGGUACAACAGGUUCACUCUCUAACAAAACGCGUCUAUUACGACAGAUAUGACCGCUAGGUGGCGCAAGCGCGAGCAGGCGUCCGUUCCGUAGCGGUGCGCGGCAACUACUGCUAGACACCAAAAUUGGUGUGGGCCGCAUGUACUUGUAGCGACGCGACGAAAUCGCGGAGUGAGCCACGCCUUCCCUUAUUUAAUUUCAAUUUAUUUCUAUUGCAUUUUGUAUGUUUGUUAUAUUGUUCCUUAUAUGCUCAAUGUCUUUUAAGUGUGUAAUAUAUGAUAUAUAGACGAAUAAUAUCAUUAGGAGUCUAGUUAGGUACUAUAUUUAAAGAACCUAGUAAUGAAUGUUGAAUAUACAUUAUUCGUACUCCGCCCAAUUUUAGGAGUUUCGGUAAAAACAUGAGCUUAAUUUGGCCAAGCCUGUGCAAUGGAAAAGGGCCCAUGUUUUGGAUAAUAAAUUUUAGUGUUGAAGUUUCCAUACUGAUAUACACCGUGUUUUUUUUUUGAUUUCCGUUAAUUUCAAGGGUGCAUACCUGAGCUUAAAUCAAGUAACUUUCCCAAGGACACCGAUAUUCUAAUUAACUCCAUUUCGAAGAUAAUCAAUAUUUUAUUUUUUUCCUAUAAGGCCUCUACAAGCUUGUACACUUGCCUUAAGGCCGGUUUACAUAUUGAUUAGUGAUUAGUGUUUAGAAUGAGUUCAUACAUUUGCUACUAAACUUAAGUAAAAUCUCUGUCGAUCGAUGUUCGAAUUGACAUUGAUAUGUCACAGAUUUCAAUUGUUUGGUUUAGUUAAAUGUAAUGCCCGUGUUACAACAACGCUAUGUGCUACAUUUAAUUACUUUUUAAUAUUAAUUUUUCUGAAAAAAAAAGCAAAAAAAUAUUUUUUUUUUCAAAAUUAACUAUGCCAUUUAGUUUUCUUAAACGUACUUAACCAUACCCCGAAGUUAACGGAAUUCAAUAAAAACACGGUGUAUAUAUUAAAUAAUUUAUUAAAAAAUUACAUCCCACAACUUACCAUCCCAUUAGUAUAGUCUCUAUCUUAAGGUAUUUAAAUAAAAGUAAACAAACGAUUUGUACAUUUUCGGGUAGUUAUAACAUUUAUUGGUUAACCAACCAAAUACAAAACCGCUUGGUUCUGUCACUGAACGACCUGACUUAAACCUACAUUCUUUGAUCAUGUAAUUGAAUCUACCCUCAAGUGGCAUAAGGAGCCAUUUGAGGGUAGAUUUUGUUUACUUUUAUUUAAAUACCUAAAGAUACAGAGUAUAGUAACAGAAUUGUAUUGUAAUUGUACUACAAGCAAACUUACAUAAGGGCCCGUAUUCUGUCUUAGAUAGGGAUAACAUAGGGAUGUUAUAAUAUUGUCUAAUUCGUUUAUACGAAGCUGUGCCUUAGUGUCAUAUUGUAUAUAAUCGAGUACUUGUGUUAUUUUGUUAUUAUAAGAAAUGGAAUUAAAUAUUUAAAAUCAAGUAUUCCCCUUAAGUAUUUGUAUUACGUCAAUAUCAAACAAAAAAAAUAGUUGGGCAGAAAAAAGCCGCUCAAACCGAUACCUCAUGUUAAUAGAAUAUUUUGUAUAUUCUAUUUUUUAUGGGCUAAAGAGAAUUACAUAUUAUAUAAAGUCAAAAAUAUAGUGACAUUUUGAAUUCUGAAUAUAAUUAUAGAACAGCGAUUGUAUACGUAACGUGAUAAAUAUUCCUUUGCCCACCAGACUAUCUGUGAAAAAAAUAUUAUUCUGCAACUUUUUAGGGUGCCGUAUUCAAAUAUUCGCUUUUGACCAAGUGUAGAUUGUAGAAAAUGUUAAAGAAUUAAUAAAAUAAAAUGAAAGGAAGCUUAUAUUAUUUUAAUAAUAUUUCAAUGUUUUGUAAAUAUAAGUCUAAAGUGUAUUUUUAAGUUCCUGUAUGUUAUUUAUGUGAAUAUGCACAAUAGUAAGUUGUGAUAAAAGUAUUUUAAAAUAAAUGCCAUUUAUAU